UUUGCUAUUGUCUCCAAGUUUGUCUACUCUCUUGUGAGCUUGUUCUUUUGGAUAUAUUUGGGCCUUCACUACACACCACAGAUGACCUAUGACCCACAGUACUCUACACUGGGUAGGCUCUACAUCGUGUUCUUCUAUGGACUGGUGUUUCGACUCAAGUACUAUUUUCUAUGGUACCUUGUGGACAGUGUUAACAACACUUGUGGGCUGGGUUUCAGUGGGUACGACACACUAGGACAACCAAAGUGGGAUCUUGUCUCAGACAUAAACUUUGCUGAGAUUGAGGCGGCUCCAAAUAUCCGAGCUCUGUCUACAUAUUGGCACGCUACUGCUGGGAAAUGGUUGCGAAGAGUGUGCUAUGAGAGGGUGACCUUUUCCCCAACCUACACUUCCUUUAUCAUGUCUGCCUGGUGGCAUGGAUUCUAUCCUGGCUAUUUCUUCAUGUUCCUGUCGUUUGCUGUAGCUGCUGAGGCAGCAAGAAAAAUGCGUCGACUGAUUCGGCCCCACUUUCAAAGCAGCCUCCCCCUCAAGUGGUCCUAUGAUGUCUUAACUAUUGUGGCCACUCAUUUGUGUAUGGACUACUGUCAGCUGCCCAUUGCUUACCUGUGGCUAUCACCGAGUCUACAAUUCUACAGUUAUUUUUACUUCAUCCCUAAUAUCGUGAUACUGCUGGUGGCCCUGUUGCUCCCAGCUGGUAAGAGCUCCAGGCAGACUGGGAAGCUGUCAGACAAGACACUGACAGAGGCAAAGUCAAAAGAACACUGAACUUAGAACAAUUUUGUUAGAGAUCAAUGCAGGUUGCUGUUGUUUUAUUCCUUAUACAAAGUUUUUUGUUUUCGUUUAGUAAUUAGAUCAAGUCGUUAUUUUUUAAUUCACAAAUACACAAAAUGAUUAUAGUUCAAGUUCUGAA